AUGAGGCAGGAGCUCCCCUCGCCAAGAUCGGGUCACACGAUGGUGGUCAUCGCCGGAAAGGUGGGUCCUGGCUCUUCUACUGAAUGCGCCGAGUUGUGGGAAUUCAACCCGUCAACAAGCGUGUGGACGGAAGUCCUGGUCAAUAUCGACGGAGAUGCCCCCCCGGCGCGUGACGGACAUACCGCUAGCGUAGCCGGCUCCAAAAUGAUUGUCUUCGGUGGUAGAGGGAAUAAAUCCGACUCCGAUACUCAAGCCGGGCGAGGGUCGAACACCGCCUUGCUUCAAGACGAGUGGGAAAUCGACCUCGACCUAAGCCAGCUCAUCACCAUGUCCACCAACUCUUCCACGAACAUCCGUGAGGGCGGCCAGACCUUCAUCCCUCUCGUCGUGGAGCAAACAGAAGCGCAGCGGGCCGAAGCAGACGUGGACAUGUGCGUCACGGACUUGUCGGUUGCCGUAGAGAUCGAUCACGACUGCAUCCGACAGCUUCAGCUGACGCUCUACGGCCCCGGACCCCCCCCGGGAGACACGAGCCGGCUCGGAGACGUGUCGAGAGCUGAGCCGGCCGUGCUGGUCCUCGGCGGUGGCAUCGCAGACUGUGCGUCCGACGUCGAUCUGUUUGGGGAUGGAAUUGACGGCGCGGCGGGCGACGUUUCCUAUGGAGGGUGCGUGGAUAGAAUGGACGUAUCGUUCGAAGAUUCUGCGGAGAGCGGCGUGUGGGAGGGCUGCAACAACAGGAGGGGGACAUUCAAGGCCGCAGAUCGGUUGUUGGUUGGUCGGUUCCUCCGUAUGCCGGCCGAAGGGGAAUGGACUCUUGGCGUGCUUGACAACGCGGUCGACGGAAGCAACGGCACCGUUUCCCGCUGGUCUCUCGACGUCGAGAUUCGCCCGUGCGAUUGGCGAUCGGCACUCCGGAGCUUGGGCACCCGACGGCCUCCCUGUGCGACCGUUCGCGCGUUUGCGCGCCUCCGCAGGUGGAUCAACGUUACCGGCGACGCGAGGCCCCCCGCACGGGCAAGGCACACAGCGGCCGUCGUCGACGGAGGCCUGUUUGUCUCGGGGGGCACGGGGAGUUUCGGGGCGCUGUCGGACCUCUGGCGACGCGGAGAGGCCUCUUCCGAGUGGAUGAUCCUUGCUGAAGGCCCCGGUGUUCCCUUGGCAUCCACCGGCCCUUUCAACCCUCACGGGGCGAGCAUCAUGGUGUCUCCCUGGGGGGUGCUUUCGAUCGGGGGCAUGCUGCCGGGGCGUGGGGUGGAGUCAGCGUCGGGUGUGUGGGUUUUGGACCCCGUGUCCAAACGUUGGCGCUCCGUAAAUCGCGAUGGCGGGGUCGACGCGUCGUCGCCGGUGGGCAGGCAAGAUGACAAACCGCCUUUCUUUUCUAUUGCACUGUUCUCGAGGCUUGCUUUACCCGCUAUAUAG